CCGUCGAAGAAGAGAGGCCAAAGCGAGCGCAGGCUGUGCGCACUGUCCGUCCCCGGCGGGGCGGGGCUGCCGCCUCCGGGACUCCCGCGUGUCCCUCGGCUGAGGGGUCCGCGGGAGGCUCCGGCGCACAAUGCCUGCGAAGCGGGGUCCUUGCUAAACGGGGCAGUCCAAGCGCGCCCCGCUGAAUAAUGGCGCGUCAUCCCGAACAAGCCCCUUCGAGGCAGGAGGGCGCCUUUUGUCUCUCUGGCUCGCCCGCGGCUCUAUAAAAGACCCCUCGGCUGGCGAGGCAGCCUUAGAGCGAGCUCAGGCGCGCAGCCGCACGCACACCAAACCAGCAGCUCUCCUGGAGAGGGAGGGGGGAGAGAGAGAGGCGGGGAAGGGGGAUCUCCUCCUCUGUCUCGACCACUUUCAUUCUCGAAGGCAGAAGAGCUUGGUGGCCCUCCUGCCUGCCGGCUUGCCAUUCCUCCUCCUGUUCCUCCUUCCCCUCGAGCGGGGAAGUCCUUUCUUGCACCUUCCCGGCCACUGCAGCCAGACCAUGAAUUCUGACUCCAGCUCUCUCUCCAGCAGAGCCUCCUCGCCAGACAUGGAGGAGAUGUACCUGCGGGACCAUCAUCAUCACCACCACCACCACCACCACUCGGUCUCGUCGACGCAGAGCGAGGUGGGCCAGCGCGGGCCGGGAGAGGGCCUCUCUCGUGCCGGCUCCAAGGGCUCGUCGAGCGAAAGCAGCAAGUACAAGAUCAAGAAACAGCUGUCCGAGCAGGACCUGCAGCAGCUGCGGCUGAAGAUCAACGGGCGCGAGCGCAAGCGGAUGCACGACCUCAACCUGGCCAUGGACGGGCUCCGCGAGGUGAUGCCUUACGCGCACGGGCCGUCGGUGCGCAAGCUCUCCAAGAUCGCCACGCUGCUGCUGGCGCGCAACUACAUCCUGAUGCUCACCAGCUCCCUGGAGGAGAUGAAGCGGCUGGUGGGCGAGAUCUACGGCGGCCACCACUCGGCCUUCCACUGCGGGACAGUGGCGCACUCCGCCGGGCACCCGGCCCACCCGCCGGGUGCCGUGCACCCUGUGCACCCGAUCCUGGGCGGCGCCUUGUCCUCGGGGGGCAACCCGUCGCCGCUCUCUGCUUCCUUGCCGGCCAUCGGCGCCAUCCGGCCGCCGCACUCGCUGCUCAAGACCCCCCCGGCGCCGCCGGCCCUGCAGCUCGGAGGGGGCUUUCAGCACUGGGCCGGCUUGCCUUGUCCCUGCAGCAUCUGCCAGAUGCCCCCGCCGCCGCACCUCUCGGCUCUCACCACGACGGCCAGCCUGGCCCGGAUCUCCACAGAAGCCAAGGACCUGCUGAAGUGAACUCGCCGCCGCCUCUCAGAGGGGGCCUUGGCCAAGUCUCUCGCCCGCCCGCGGGAGGGUCUAGCGAAGACCACCGCCCGCCCCCUCGGGGAAAAAACCUCUCGCUGCCCGGGAAGCCGCGGGGGGGGGGGGCAAGCCGGAAGGACUCGAGAAGGUGAAGCAGCCCAGAGGUCCCGCGGUGUCGUCGCAUGCUUGAUUCUCCUCCUCCAACUCCUGUUUCCCCCCCCCCUCUCUCUCGCU